AUGACUCUUAUCGAGAACGUUUUGGCAUCACUUUUCGGGACAUUGUUACUGGCAAAUCCACCAGUAGUAAAGGCAGACUCGUGUACCAUUAGCUCCUAUGAUCAAGUAGCCAGCGUUGUAAGCAGCUGCACAACCGUGACCGUUGGUAGUUUUACGGUUCCGGCUGGUAAAAGUCUCGACUUAAAAUUCAAAGAUGGUGCUUACGUAACCUUUAAGGGCGAGAUCAGAUUUGAACAUUACAAUUGGGAUGGGGCUCUUAUAUCGAUUGAAGUUAACAAUGGUAUUGUAAAAGGCGACGAGAAUAACCUAUUUCUGGCCUUCGGUGAGUCUUAUUGGGGAUGCGAAGGCGCCAAACCGCUAUUUAUGCGUCUCGUAGGAGUACACACAGGUUGUUAUGGGUUAAAACUGAAAAAUUGCCCACAAAGAUGUGUCUCGAUAAACCGUUCCAGGAACUCAGUAUUCGGCAAUUUUGUUAUCGACAACGCAGAAGGAGUUGGUACCGGAUUAACCAUCAAAGAUACCAUCGUGACAAACCAAGACGAUUGUGUAGCUAUCAAUGCAGGGAAGGAUAACGUUCUAGUUGACAACUUGCAGUGCAUCGGAAGCCACGGAUUUGACAUCGUCUCAGGCCAAGGCAAGGAGGAAGACAACCACAUCAGAAAUAUCACCUUCCAGAAUUCCGUUCUUAUUGGAGGAAUGGUCGGUCUUAGCAUGUUGUCCGUCAUCGAAGGAGUUAAAGGAGAAGUUAGCAACAUCAUUUAUAAUAACAUUAAAAUUCAAGGACCAUCUGACUACGCCAUAAUGUUCCAUCAAGAUUUUUCAAAUGCUAUUGGUGGCAGUACCGGGGUUCCAGUGGGUACUGUCGUGUUUAAGGAUAUAACAUUGAAUAAUGUGUCCGGUUACGUCGAAGGUCAAUACUCUGCCAAAGUUUGCUUGAGAUGCGCAUUAGGUUAUUGCAACAAUAUAAAUUUCAAUGGCGUUGAUCUUUCCGGUGGAAACUACCCGGACGAGUGCACCAUCCAACCUAAUGCACUGUGCAACAAUGCACUGUCAAAUGAAAUUUUUGAUUAUUUGGCAAGGAUUGCAAUAUUCUUGCUAAUCCAGUCAGUAACGAUUAAAGCUGAUUCGUGCAACAUUAAUUCCUAUGAUCAAGUCGCAAGUGUCGCAAGCUGUACGACUAUCACCGUUGGAAGUUUUACAGUACCUGGUGGAAAAAGUCUGGAGUUGAAACUUAGAGACGGCGCAUAUAUUACAUUUACUGGAGAAAUUCGAUUCGAACACUACAACUGGGAUGGACCCUUAAUAUUGAUAGAUGUUAACAACGGUAUUGUGAAAGGUGACAACAACAAUCUAUUUAAUGGUCUCGGAGAAUCGUACUGGGAAUAUACAGGUACGAAGCCCCUGUUUAUGCGCUUAGUGGGGACACACACGGGAUUUUAUGGGUUAAAACUUAAAAAUUGUCCACAAAGAUGCGUGUCUAUAAAUCGGUCAAAAAACUCUGUUAUCGGUAAUUUCGUUAUCGAUAACGUCGACGGUGUUGGGAAAGCCAAGAAUACAGACGGAUUCGAUAUUAUCAAAUCAUCGGGACUGGUUGUCAAGGAUACGACAGUCACCAAUCAAGACGACUGCGUUGCUAUCAAUGCAGGAACAAGCAAUAUUUUGGUGGAUAACUUUCAAUGUAUCGGCAGUCACGGAUUCGACAUAUCUUCCGGACUGGGAAAGGAUUCUGAUAACUUUAUCUCUAAUAUCACUUUUCAGAAUUCUUUAUUAAGUGGAGGAAUGGUCGGUCUUAGCAUGUUAUCACACAUCGAGGGGGCAAGGGGUGAAGUGCGCGAUAUCAAUUACAGUAAUAUUAAAAUUGAAGGUCCUUCUGACUAUGCUAUAAUGUUUCAUCAAGAUUUCUCUACCGCAAUUCAAGGUAACACCGGCAUUCCAGUGGGUACAGUCGAUUUUAGAGAUAUAAACCUGAAUGGUGUUACGGGUUAUGUCGAAGGUCAAUAUUCCGCCAGAGUUUGUUUGAGAUGCGCGGCCGGAUAUUGCGAAAACAUCAGUUUCAACAAUGUAAACCUCUCCGGUGGGAACUACCCUGACGAAUGCAGUAUACAGCCAAAUGGAUACAAAUGUAUUACCAAAUAGAACUUCAUAUUCGUAAUUUUGCACCAGAUGGCUUGGUCAUAUUAAAAACUU